GAGUUGCCAGUAGAAACUUGUGCUUCAGCCCCGUUCGAUCACGCUAAAGCAGAUGUUAUCUUACGAUCAGCUGAUGGCGUGGAGUUUCGAGUUUUCAUGCUCUUCCUUUCCCUUGCCUCCCCAUUAUUCGAAACAUUGUUCAGCCUCCCUCAGGCAUCCGAUGGGGCUUCCGAUCAAGAGGAGAAGGAUGGCUUAGCAGUCAUCGCUGUGUCUGAGGACAGUAAAACUCUAGAUUCGUUUCUCAGGUUUUGCUAUCCAUCGACACUGGCGGAGGAUCCUUCCCUUGACAACCUCACAGAGGCCUUAUCUGUGCUCACAGCUGCGAGGAAGUAUUCACUAGACCUGAUUGAGAGAAAAGUAUGUCAGGCUCUGGCGAAUCCCAAGGUUCUUGAGACAGAACCCCUUCGCUGCUUCGCCAUAGCAAGGAACGCACGGCUCAAGCAUGAAACCAUCACCGCUGCAAGAUACAACUUACGGCAACCCUUAAUUCCUACGUUGUUUGCAGAAAUCGACCUUAUCACUGCAACCGACCUUCUUGCGCUGCUGACAUACCACAAAAAAUGCGCGAUCGCUGUACAAGCUUUAAUGAAGGACUUUAAAUGGAUGACAGAUCAUUAUGGCAGUCUGAAUGGCUGCGGUUGGCUGUUUGGCCGCAUUGACAACCCGCGCUACAACAACUACUGCUGUGGGGAGGGUACCGACAAUAGAUUUUUUCCUUGGGAUAACGCUCCACUUGCAUGGUGGACAACAUAUAUGCAGGAGAUAUACGAGCUGUUACGGGAUAGUCCAUCUGGUGAUACUGUGAGGGCGGCAGCGGACAGGACAAUCCAAAAGGUCAGGAGUGCAAGCUGUGCUGCUUGCUCUGGUCGGGUGAAGGAAGCCAUGACGGAGUUCAGCAACUUGCUUGCUCUGAAAAUCGAAGAAGCUGUCACACCGAUCGAGCUGGAGAUGAACUUCUGAUCGUGACUAUCCUCUUCCGUAAGGCCACUAUACAAUACUGUGGUAAAACACGUUAUUGAUGUCACCAGGCAGAUCACGUCUGUAAGCUUGUGCCAAAGUGUGGUAUCCAACCGCCCCAGUGUCCAUAAUCAUGACUCGUUCGGAUCUAACAGUUACAACUUGAAAAAGGGGUAUCUCUGCUUGGGGGUUACUUAGUGCCGUCUAGUAGUCAUGUAGAAAUGCGUCUCGAAAAUUACGAACAUUCAUUUUCUCCAUGGAUCUUCCAUAGUAACUUUCUUUUCUAGUAAGAUGAACGUACG